CUAACCCCACGCACCUACUAUUUGUUCGUCGAUCGUCGUCAUUUUGCAUUUUAUCAUCUCGAAGAAAAACAACUAUACCUUAAACUAGUAAAAAGCUCGCGUCCGGCAGCAGAUUUUGCCGGAAAAUGUAGCAGUGACUGAAAUAUCAUAUCAUGAUAAGAGUUAAAUAGAAAAGAUAGAUAAUCGAAGCAGCAUAACCAUAACAAGAAAAUGGGGAGAAAGCAGGAUGAACAACAGCAAGAACAAAAGCAGCAGCCGUCAAAGUCGCUGAGGAGCAAAGCCGUGCACUUUGUAUCUGACAUCACCACUGUUCUCCUCAACCCCAUCUCCGACAAACCCUCCGCGCCGCCGUCAAAGCCUUCUUCUCAUGAUGAUCUCAACAACUCUCAAAACAGCCAAUCGGAUUUGGAAGAGGAUUCAAAGGACUCUGUCAAUGGUCCCGAUACAUCUUCUUUUUCUGCAUUUCUAUAUUCCUUUUUAGCAUCCUCAGGACACGAAAAUCAUUCAGAAGAAAGAUCCGAUACUCACGAUGAUGGGUUGAAGCAACCACCCGAACCAAUAGUAAUUAAAGAGAACGCAAGAAAGAAAAGUUUGUUUUCGAGGGGUAAGCAUACCAUUGGUAAAGCCUUCUAUCAAGCUGCAAAGAUUGGUGGUUUUCGAGAUCAAGGCCCCAAAGGCAAACUCGAUACGGCUGCUGGAAAUGGAAGUGAUACUCGGAAUGAAGGGAUUUCAAUGCAGACUCUGAAUGAAUCGAUAUCAGUGAUUUCUUCUGAGUAUCUUCCGGAAACUUCUGAACCAUCGGUACUUCUCUCUGAAAAGAUUCGGAGUGUGCUUUAUGCCGCACUUCCUGUGAUUGUUCAGGGACGAAAAUGGAUGCUAUUGUACAGUACUUGGAGGCAUGGUAUAUCUCUUUCAACAUUGUACAGAAGAAGUAUGAUUUGGCCUGGUCUCAGUUUGCUGGUUGUUGGGGACCGUAAUGGAGCAAUAUUUGGCGGCUUAGUGGAGGCACCCUUGAGACCAUCAAGCAAGAGAAGGUAUCAGGGAUCAAAUAAUUCGUUUGUCUUCUCGAACAACUCUGGACAUCCUCUUAUAUUUCGUCCUACAGGCAUGAAUCGAUAUUUUACCUUGUGCUCUACCGAGUAUUUGGCCAUGGGCGGUGGUGGUCAUUUUGCCCUAUAUUUGGAUGGAGAUUUAUUGAGCGGAUCAAGUUCGUUAUCUGAAACCUACGGAAAUCCUUGUUUGGCCGGCUCGGAAGCUUUUGAGGUGAAGGAAGUUGAGCUAUGGGGUUUCGUAUAUGCUUCAAAGUUCGAAGAAAUGAUAGCUUUAUCUCGAGUGGAAACUCCAGGAAUAUGCCACUGGUAAAUAAAGCUUUUGACUGUGUUGUAAGCUGAGGAAGGUUGUCUGAUCUUCGACCGCCAUUUGUAUAAAACACUGAAAACACUUCUGACUGUAUAUACCGAUUACUCGUUUUGCACGAUGUAUAUAAAACUCUUUAGGGAUUUUUGCCUGUUUAGGGACUCAUGCUCUUGUCAAGAUAUGCUGCAACAUAUAUUUAACUCCAUCAAAUGUUGUGAGUUGUGAAUUUCAGCAACUAUAAUUGGAAAUAGUUUUAUUUGAAAUUGUAUAUGUUCAAAUUUGAAGGCAAUUAGGGCAUUGUUGAACAAUUUUGUAUAAACCUAUAACAUGA